AUGGCGAAAGAUUCCCAUACAUUGCAAACAGGUACUGUCGUCCAGCACAUCGUCAAAGCCCAUAACCUGAAAGGUCAACAGCCUGAAGGGAGCAUGGAAUCAUUGGCAACCACCAUUCGUAUCGUCACGCUGAACUGCCGAAUUCUAUCGAGUGAACUCCAACAAUCCGCCCCAUCUAGGCUCCUGCGAUAUCCCUGUGUGCCUUUUGCUGCACUGCGGGAAACAUGCAUGAGAGAUUGGGCCGUCAUCAGCAUCGAAAAUUACACCAUAUACUGCGGCGAUGCUGAUGGGAACAAAGUAGGCGGCUGCGUGAAGAACGAUUACAACAACCUGAUCGUAAUUGCCCACGCACCUACGGAGACCGCUGAGGACAAUAAGAAGGACGCCUUCUAUGAUGAACUCAAUGCGCUGAUGUCUAAAAUACCAACCCAGAAGGUUUUCCUUGUCGGAUUCAACGCAAAUGCUAAGAUGGGACUCGAACAGCAAUUCGAUGUGAUAGGAAAAUGGUACUAUCCAGCGGAGCGUACGUCGGACAACGGUGACCAUCUGGUCGAAUUGUGCAAACAGACGGGCCUCAUCAUCGUUUGUACGCUUAAGAGGAAUCAUCGACGCCAUCAGCUCACGUGGCAGGGAAAGAAGUGGGGUUGUCAACUGCAAGAAGACAGUGAUAACAAGUGGACGGCAGGAGCGAAGGAGUUUGAAAAGGUGUGGGAGGACAUGAACCCUCGGAAAUCCUAUGCUUUACUGAAACAGUAUAGCGGCAACAUGAAAAGAUGUUCUCCUGUCCUUAACAUUGCCAAUGGAGUAGCUGUUGGUAAAGCAACCCUUUCAACUUGGAGGGAUCACUUCAAGACCUUGCUGAACCGACAAGUACCGUCAGCUCCUGAUCUCGAGCACAUUCAUAUGCGGAAUUAUCGAGGAAUCUCUUUGCUGCGUGUUAUUUACAAGGUAUUGGAGCGGAUUAUUUUGGACCGACUCGUUACGCGCGAUGAGCAAGCUGGCUUUCGUCGCGGCCGAUAUACGAUUGACCAGGUGUUCAUCGUCAGGAGAGUGAUCGAAAUCUGGCAGCGGUAUUCGAAACCAAUGCAGUUAGCUUUUUUGGACUUUGAAGCCACGUUUGACUCUCCUCGCCGAGGCCGUCUUCUCAACGCGCUCCGCGCCGAUGGAGUACAAGGAAAGUUCGUUCGUUUGCUUGAUGACAUGAAUCAGCGAACAACUGCUGCAGUUCGAACACCAGCCGGAUGUACAACACCGUUUGAGGUGGUAACUGGAGUAAGGCAAGAGGACUGGCAGGACCCUUCCUGUUUAAUUUCGCCAUCUACGAUCUACGAUUAUGCGAAGAACAGUAGAUCAGCGUUCUGCUGGUGUCGUUCUAGCACCAUCAAGAUUGUAGCAAAAUUAGCUGCAGCCUGCGGACUGUGA